AUGCUUUCAUCAUUGAGGUUAUCAAGCAUAAGGGUUGUUAAUGGUGGCUCAAUACGAUUUGUUAGCUCGACUACUCCAAAACUAAAUGAAGAGUUAUCCGUCGAUACAUCCAGUAAACCAAAAAUUGAUGAUAUGAAGAGUAAAACUUCAUGGAACGAAUCAUAUGCAUCAGAAUCAUCAAUACAAGUUAAUUUGAAUGAAAAUUUGAACAAAAUAACCGAAAAUAUAUCAGCAUCUGAUCCACCUAUUUACGUAUCGCCUAACUUGCACAGACAUUUCACAAUGGGUGAUACAUAUAACCCCUUUGAUUUCAGUAUGAACAGAUUUGAUAUGGAAAAGAAAAUGAAAACCACCAAGAAGUUAUCAGAUCCAUUUGAAAAGUCAGGAAUCGAUCCAAAGAAUUUGUAUUUGAUGCCAGAGAUUUUAUCCAAAUUUUUAACCUCAACUGGUCAAAUAUUACCCCGUCACUUAACAGGUUGUAAUGCUAAGAAUCAAAAGAGACUAUCCAUGGCUAUAGAAUAUGCAAGAAGUUUAGGAUUGUUAUCUUCACAGCAUAGACAUGCCAGAUACAUGCCAACAAGAAAUUUGUAA